GAGAGAGAAGGAAGGAAGGAGGCGGCGGUGCAGCAUGGCGGCGACGACCUACGAGCACCUGAAGCUACAUAUCACACCUGAAAAAUUUUAUGUAGAAGCUUGUGAUGAUGGAGCUGAUGAUGUACUUAUCAUUGACCGUGUAUCUACAGAGGUUACGCUCUCAGUCAAGAAAGAUAUUCCUCCAUCAGCUGUCACAAGACCAAUAUUUGGUAUAAUGGGCACAAUCCAUCUGGUGGCAGGUAAUUAUCUAAUUGUCAUUACCAAAAAGACAAAAGUAGGUGAAUUUUUCAAUCAUGUAAUCUGGAAAGCAACAGAUUUUGAUGUCCUUUCUUAUAAGAAGACAAUGUUGCACUUAACUGAUAUUCAGUUGCAAGAUAAUAAAACGUUUCUAACAAUGAUAAACCACGUCUUAAGUAUGGAUGGACUUUACUUUUCAACAACAUAUGACUUGACACAUACUUUACAACGACUAUCCAACACUAGUCCCGAAUUCCAAGAAAUGAGUCUAUUGGAGAGGGCAGAUCAGCGAUUUGUCUGGAAUGGUCAUCUUCUAAGAGAACUUUCUGCUCAACCAGAGGUCCAUCGGUUUGCACUACCAGUGUUACAUGGCUUUAUUACCAUGCACUCAUGUUCUAUUAAUGGAAAGCACUUUGAUUGGAUUCUCAUCUCGAGAAGAAGUUGUUUCAGAGCUGGUGUGCGCUAUUAUGUAAGAGGAAUUGAUUCUGAAGGCCAUGCAGCUAAUUUUGUAGAAACAGAACAAAUUGUGCACUACAAUGGCUGCAAGUCUUCAUUUGUCCAGACCAGAGGAUCAAUACCAGUUUUCUGGUCUCAAAGACCAAACCUCAAGUACAAACCAAAGCCACAAAUCAACAAAGUAGCAAAUCAUAUGGAUGGUUUCCAAAGGCAUUUUGAUUCACAAGUAAUUAUUUAUGGAAAACAAGUUAUAAUCAACCUGGUAAACCAGAAGGGUUCAGAGAAGCCACUUGAACAAGUGUUUGCAACAAUGGUGUCUUCGUUGGCAAGUGGAAUGAUCAGAUAUAUUGCCUUCGACUUCCAUAAGGAGUGUAAAAAUAUGAGAUGGGAUCGGCUAAAUAUUUUAUUGGAUCAGGUAGCAGAAAUGCAAGAUGAAUUAAGUUAUUUUCUAGUGGACGCUGCUGGCAAGGUGGAGACCAACCAGGAAGGCGUGUUCCGCAGCAACUGUAUGGACUGUCUGGACAGGACCAAUGUGAUCCAGAGUAUGUUAGCUCACCGUUCACUUCAGGCCCAGCUGCAGAGACUAGGAGUUUUGCAUGUCGGACAAAAGCUUGAAGAACAAAGUGAAUUUGAGAAGAUUUACAAAAAUGCCUGGGCUGACAAUGCAAAUGCUUGUGCCAAACAGUAUGCAGGAACUGGUGCCUUGAAGACAGACUUUACCAGAACUGGAAAGAGAACUCAGUUGGGACUGAUAAUGGAUGGCCUAAACUCACUUAUCCGGUAUUACAAGAAUAACUUUUCUGAUGGAUUUAGACAAGAUUCCAUAGAUUUAUUUCUUGGAAACUAUUCAGUGGAUGAAUUAGAAUUUCAUAGUCCUUUAAGUGUACCAAGAGAUUGGAAAUUUCUUGCUUUGCCUAUUAUCAUGGUUGUUGCCUUUUCAAUGUGCAUUAUCUGUUUACUGAUGGCUGGCGAUACUUGGACAGAAACACUGGCCUACGUGCUCUUCUGGGGAGUUGCAAGCAUUGGAACAUUCUUAAUUAUUAUUUACAACGGCAAAGAUUUCGUUGAUGCUCCCAGAUUGGUUCAGAAGGAAAAGAUAGACUGAAUUUGUGUCUGUGGAAAGCGGCUUGGCCUCGAAGAGUCCAUUGUGCAGAACUGGAAUCUUUACUGACCUGCUUUCCACAUUAGCCUGGGCUCUUUUUGAAAGCCUUUGUCCCAAAGCACCUCUGUGCUCUGUGUUGGGGUGAUGAUUUCGAUUGAUCUAAUGUUACUGUCUUGAUGAUCUCUUUACUGUUGGAAUAUACACAUACACAAUGUUCAGUAAUUAAAAUGCAGUUUGAAUUCAUCUCACAGAAUGGAAGGGAUCUGUUCACUGACUUUAAUCAACUGUUGCAGAGUAAGUAAUAUAUUUAAAAAUCUUGCUUCUUUCAUUAUUUAAAAUAGGACAAUUAUUUUUUUAGCUCGGUUCCAUUGUUGUUGUUGUAGACGCAGUUGCUGUUAGCAGGCACUUUUUCACAUAUCUUUGGACUUUUCUGAAUACAUGUAAAAUAAGCUAAUUUCACUCUGUUUAUAAAAUGUGAGUCUUUUACACACACAUGAAGUCAUUGGAUGAGGAAGAGAGGGAAGAGGAGGCUUGGUGUCCUUUGAGAUUUCUUUUGGGUAUGGCCUUAAGCGUUCAGACAGCUGAGCUGCUGCUCUUGGAUCAGCAGUUGAAGUGUGGUAGAAAUAAUUCAGAUAGUCUUCCUCUUUUUUCAGGUCUACAGUGAAAAUAAAGAAUGUAAAGUUUUUGUCUUUUUUUGCUAGAGGUCCAAAGCCUCCUCUGUUUCAAGGCUUGCCCCAGUGUGGAAAAAUACUCUUGGCUAGUCAGCUUCUUCCUCCUGGACAUUUUCGUUUCUUUCGGGGUCAUGCGUUGAGACCUGCAGGCCUAUGAGAGGAUCUAGUACUCGAGUUGAUAUGUGCUUGGGGAUAGCAACAGCAUUCCACGCACGGAUGAUGCUUUCGCUCUGCAAAGGUUUUGCUAUCUUCAAGAAUGUCUCUAAAACUUAGUGCUUCUGGGUAGUUAGAGUUGUACAAAUCAAGGACCAACUCAAUCUUUAAUUUAUCUGCCAAGACAAACCUGAAAAAUACUCUCUAGGAGCUGUGCAUAGUUCUAAUUAUAAGUCGGGCUGUAUAUUCAAAUUGUAAUGACAAGGUUUAAAUAUUAGAAAAGUAUGUAUGGUAGUAAAAUUACCACUGCUUUAAAAUAAUUCAAUUAAAACACUGCUACAAUAUUUGUAUUAUGCUUGAAACUAUUUAUAGUGCUUUUCUGAUAGCAAUGUUUUUUUUUUGUUAUUCUUAAAAGGCCCUUUGUUUCAGCAAUUAUCUUUUAUUUAACAUUAUCUUUGAUAAACAUCAUUAAGAGUUGUUGCUUUUAGGAACUCUAAAGGAACUAAUAGCUGGAAAACCCUCUAUACCUUAAAAUCACUGAUUGAAACUCACAAUAGUGUAAUUAGAGCUACCUAUUAAUAUGUAAAUAAACACAAUUUGUUCCAAAGAUGAUAUAUUGAAAUUUAGUUUAUGCCUACUGCAAUAUAUUACUAUUACACAGUGCUACUGGCCAUUUCUAAAGAAGUUAAUCUCAACAACUACAAUGAAGACCAAAUUUCAACCAUUAAUAUGGCUGUUUUGCAAUGAAUGAAUUACUGUUGGUGUGUUAGAGCUUAAAGUAUCAAUAUUUCAGAACCCCACAAUAAUUUUAUUUCUAAAUUCAUGUACAAUACAUCUAUAAGUAAAAAUAAAAUAUCAUAUUCU